AUGGCAGCGACCGUCGAGGAAGCGUCGAUCGACGCAGCUGUCUGGAAGCACUCGGGUGCCCUCGAGCCCCUGAUCAGCAGCGAGCUGUUCAGGUACAUCGUGGCCCUGCGCCGCAAGCUGCACGGGCAUCCCGAGCUGGCGUUCAAGGAGUUCAAGACCAGCGCCAUGAUACGCGAGGAGCUCGGGAAGAUCGAGGGUGUGCGGGUCCUGGACAGCGCAGCGGGCGGCACCGGCGUGCUGGCGCUCAUCUCGAUCAUCGAUCAUCUCCGGGGGUUCGCCGGGCAGGACCGUCCUCUUCAGGGCCGACAUGGACGCCCUGCCGAUCCAGGAGGCCGACCCGGGCGCCGCGGGGGACGGAGGGCCGCCCGCGGGGAAGCGGAGGCUGGUCCUGGGCUUCGGGGGCUGCCCCGCGUGCGGCCACCCGGGGUGCGAUCCGCAGGGCGCCCCGGGGCAUCGCCCGUGGCUUCGUCGAGCCGGCCUGCGAGGAGCAAGAGCUGCAUGUCCGCCGUCCCUGGCGCCUCGCACGCUUGCGGCCACGACGGGCAUUGCGCCAUGCUGGUGGGUGCCGCGAGGCAGCUGGCCGCAGUCCGCCACCGGCUGUGCGGGGCCGUGGUGCUGCUGUUCCAACCGGCCGAGGAGCGCCACCCCAUUCGCAAUCCGAAGGGCGGCGCAAUCCGGGUCAUUCGGGACAUCGGCGCUGGUGAAGAGUUGCACCAGCUCCUGAGGGGCAGCAGCGGCGGCGUGCGUGACGCGCCCGCGCUGCGACCAGAGGACGAGCGCUUCUUCACCGACGGCCACGACCAGUCCAUGGACGGAAAGCUCAUGGACUGUGUCGACGAGGUGUACGGCGCGCACUUAUGGAACUAUUCUUCGGCGGGCACCCUCGGUUGCGCGCCUGGGUCGGUGACGGCCAACAGCGACUCCAUCCAACUUACGGUGCACGGCAAAGGUGGGCAUGCGUCUGCACCGCAGGGUACAGUGGAUGCCAUUGUUGUCGCAGCGCAGUUGGUGACAAGCCUGCAGGCGGUCGUCAGCCGCAACAUAUCGCCGACGGAGAGCGCUGUCAUCAGCCUGGGCAGGAUAGAGGGCGGGUUCGCGCCGAACGUGCUGGCGGAGAGCGUGCAGAUACUGGGCACCGUACGCACGUAUACAGCCGCUGUCAAGAGAACGGUCCGCCGCCGAAUCCACGAGGUGGCGCACGGCCUGGCGGCCUCGCACGGCCCCGAGUGCAGCAUCGCGGUGAAGUACUCGGACGGUUUCCCUGCCUGCGUGAACGACGCUGCGUGCGCGGAGGCCGUGCUGGCGGCCGGCCGGAGCAUCAAGGGCCUGUCGGUCGGGCCGCCCACCCCGAACAUGGCGGGGGAGGACUUCUCCUUCUUCCUGUCCAGGAAGCCUGGGGCCUUCUUCUUCGUCGGCAGCAACCCGGACGCCCCCUUCCGGAUGGAUCCCGCCUUGGAGCCAGAGCCCGAGGAGAUCGAGCAUGGCACGCGGCAGGUCAGGAUGCACCACACCCCGGAGUUCGACGUGCACGAGGGCGCGCUGUGGUGCGGCGCCGCGCUGUGGGUCUCCAUUGCCAUGCAGCGCCUGCAGUAA